CAAGCCGUAAAUGAAACGGGAGCUCUCCCUAAUUCCGCCAAAGUCAUCGGGGGACUUUUUGCAAGGAAGUGGGGCUUAAACUGGAGGGUCUCCGCCUGGACCCCGCCCCCUUAAAAUUAAGCCCAACCUCCUCCUUCGCCCACUUGUUUUGUCUGGUUAACAUUUGCAAAGUCCGGAGGCGUGUGAAGCUUCCUUUUGCAACAUUAUUGCAAAAGGAAGAAGAGAAAAAAAAAUACUUAAAAAAAAUAAUAACCUCUGCAAAGUCCUGGAACUGACUUCUGAACCAACCAACGAUGAUUGCAAACCAGGGUUAAGAAGAAGGCUGGCAGGAAAAAAAAAAGGGAAAGGAGAAGAAAAAAAAAGGAAGAGAGGAAGAGGGAGGGAAGUUGGAGGUUCUCACGCUUUAUUUACGCGCUGCCUCCCUCCUUCCCCGCCUCCUUUAGACUCGUGUUUGGCUGCUGCCUCCUCCUCCUCCUCUUCCUCCUCCUUCCUAAGUCAUCGCAAGAAGGGCUGGAGAGGCCCGAAAACUUGGCGUUUGCAUUGCAUUGCAUUGCAUUGCAUUUCUUCUUCUUCUUUUUUUUUUUGCAAACGACCCGGGACUUUUGCCGACACGCGUUGACGGAGAUCAUGGGAAAGCCGGCAGAUCCCCGGGACGGGCUCCCGCUUUGAUCAAACCGAUUGCAAAAGGGGGGCUGGGAGGGGUGGUGGAAGAAGAAGAAGAAGAAGAAGAAGAAGAAGAAGAAGAAGAAGAAGAAGAAGAAGAAGAAGAAGAAGAAGAAGCAUCCCCCCCCCACAUGGCUGGGUGCCUGGAAGAGGACGACGUCCCCCUCAUCUUGACCUUAGAGGACGGCAGGAGCCGGAGGGUCGAGCCGGAGGGGGUCCCCAACGAAAAUGGCAUCAAUUAUGACGAGAUCCACGAUAUGGCCAGCCCAGCGACGGGAGACCGAUGUUCUCACCCGUGGGAUCGCGGAAGACGAACUUGGGAAAUGAACUAUCAGGAAGCUGCAAUUUAUCUACAGGAAGGUGAGAACAAUGAUAAAUUCGUCACCCAUCCGAAGGAUCCCAAGGCUCUGGCGUCCUACCUCUUUGUCCACAACCACCUUUUCUAUCUGAUGGAGCUAACCACGGCUCUGUUGCUCUUGUUGUUGUCGCUCUGCGAAGCCCCAGCGGUUGCCAUAUUCCGCCUCGGCAUUUACGUCCAUGCCACCUUGGAGCUCUUUGCAUUGACUGUCGUGUUGUUUGAGCUCUCCAUGAAAUUAAGAUGGCUGGGCUGCCAUACCUACAUCCGGCACAAAAGAACCAUGGUCAAGACCUGCGUCCUCUUCCUGCAGUUUGUAGAAGCGGUCGUGGUGUUGGUGCGUCAGACAUCCCACCUUCGCAUCACCCGAGCCUUGCGGUGUAUCUUCCUGGUCGAUUGCCGUUAUUGUGGAGCUGUGAGACGAAACCUACGUCAGAUUUUCCAGUCUCUGCCACCCUUCAUUGAUAUUCUCCUCCUUUUGCUUUUCUUCAUGGUCAUCUUUGCGAUUUUGGGAUUUUAUCUGUUCUCUCCAAACAAAUCGGACCCUUAUUUCGACACUUUGGAGAGCAGCCUGGUGAAUCUUUUCGUUCUUCUCACUACUGCCAAUUUCCCUGAUGUGAUGAUGCCCUCUUACUCCCGAAACCCAUGGUCCUGUGUCUUUUUCAUUGUGUACCUAUCCAUCGAGUUGUAUUUCAUUAUGAAUUUGCUCCUGGCUGUCGUCUUUGACACCUUCAGUGACAUCGAAAAAAGGAAGUUCCGAUCACUGUUGCUUCACAAGCGCACGGCCGUCCAACACGCCUUCCGCCUGCUGGUUAGCAAACAGAGACCCUCGGGGAUUGCUUUCAAGCAGUUUGAUGGCCUGAUGCACUUCUACGCGCCUCGGAUGAGCGUCCGAGACCGUUAUCUGACUUUCAAAGCACUGAGUCAAAGCAACAGCCCUUUGGUCAGUUUGAAGGAUAUGUACAGUUUCUACGAAGUGGCUGGUUUGAAAUGGAAGGCCAAAAGAAACCGAGAACAUUGGUUUGACGAUCUUCCAGGGACAGCUUUCCUUAUUUUUAAAGGUAUUAACAUCUUAGUGAAUUCUCGGGCUUUCCAGUAUGGCAUGUAUGUUCUGGUGGCCAUCAACGGUCUCUGGAUUCUAGUGGAAACCUUCAUGUUGCGAGACGGAAUCUUUUCCCGGGACGUCCCUUGGAGUUACAUCAUGUUCCUCACAAUCUAUGGGGUCGAGGUGCUGUUGAAGGUCACCGGCCUGGGUCCGAAAGACUAUCUCUCUUCAGGCUGGAAUCUUUUUGACUUUGCCGUCACUUUGUUUGCGUUUUUGGGUCUCCUGGCACUGGCGUUCGAUAUGGAACCCUUCUACUUUAUUGUUGUGCUGCGGCCUCUGCAGUUACUGAGGCUGUUUAAAUUGAAGAAACGUUACCGCAACGUCCUGGAUACGAUGUUUGAACUUCUCCCUAGGAUGGCCAGCCUAGGCCUAACUUUACUCAUCUUCUAUUACUGCUUUGCCAUUGUCGGCAUGGAAUUCUUCUCCGGAAAACUCUACCCAAACUGUUGUAACACCAGCACAGUGGCCGAUGCGUUUCGUUGGGUCAACCGCACCGUUGGGAACAAGACUGUGGUGGACCAAGGAUACUACUAUCUCAACAACUUCGACAACAUUUUGAACAGUUUCGUGACUCUCUUUGAAUUGACGGUUGUGAAUGAUUGGUACAUCGUCAUGGAAGGGGUUACCUCCGAAACGUCUCACUGGAGCCGUCUGUAUUUCAUGAUUUUCUACAUCGUGACCAUGGUGGUGAUGACAAUCAUAGUCGCUUUUAUACUGGAAGCGUUUGUGUUCCGCAUGAAUUACGCCCGCAAGAAUCAGGAUUCAGAAGAAGACAGUGGGAUUGUCUUUGAGCGGGAGGUCUCCAAGGAAGAAAUUGGGGGCCUAGCCGAGAUCUACGGAAGGCAAGGUGACAACUUGGCAGCUAGCCAACUCCUCAAGGUUGUUUCCCAGAUGGACAGGCAUCGGCAAGCCGCCAUGCUGUUCCUGGGCCGCCGAUCGAGGACCAAAAGUGAUUUAAGUAUGAAAAUGUACGAAGAAGAGAUACAGGAGUGGUACGAAGAACAUUCCAGAAGGGAGGAACGGGACUUUCCUUGGCACGAAGACGAGGAGUUGCUCAACCAGACCUUCCACCCUGCUCCCCUCCGGCAGCGUUCGCAGACCAUCAUUUAAACUCGGCUUCAAUCAAGUAAGCCGGUUCUCCUAUGCAUUCAGCCGGGCUUGGCAGCCACGGCGGUCUCUACGCCCCCCCUCCCUCAAUCGGAUAUUCCUUUAAUGGUCUUAAUCUCUUGGGAUCGCCAGCCAGGACCCUGAGAUCUUGCGAGAGGGAAGAUGGCCAUUUUUAUCAUUACUAUUUUUUUUAAAAAUUUUUUGGUCUUCUCCUUUUUCGUGGCAUCGAGCGUGGGGUGUGUCUGGAAGGACUCUUCACCUUGCGGUCGUUGCAAUGGGAGACGCCUGCAAAGUCCUUCCUUGACCGAAGGACCACUGGCCCUUCCUUUGAAGGAGACCUCUUCGUUUUGUCCUUGUGGCCGCUACCGGCAAAAGGCCGGUGGCUAUGGUGAAGCGUAGAGGGCUGAAAACCGGCCCAGCGGAGACGGCCAAGCAGGAGAGAAAAUACGAGAUGCCCGCAUCCUGGCGUAACCCAUCGCGCUGUCUUCCACUAGCAGUCGAGAUCGGCUAAAAAAAUAAAUGGCGAGAAGGCAGGUGGAAUCGCCAAGCGUCAACUACGUCUCUCUCCGUCUCUCUCUCUCUCUCUCUCUCUCUCUCUCUCUCUCUAAUCCACGAUGCACUAAAUGCAGCCGAGUGAAGUAACGCAAAUUUAUUUUACACCACUCCAUCGUUCCCCUCCCUUCGUUGUUCCUUGGCAUCUGUAAAGACUGCUAGUACUCCGGUUACUUGCUUGGCAGUUUUUACCCAAACGUAGUGAGAACCCAGGACCGACGGAGAUCUUCUUAGCAAAAAAUGAAUUUUUGGUUCCGUGAGAUCCUGGACAGGUUUAAAGACUCUUACCCAGCUCACAAACUUUGUCCUGCAUUGGCAUAAUAAUUCAUUCCAGGAUCUGAACAUUUGCAGUGGCAUCUUCCUGGAGCUACGCACAGUGAUGGGCCAGUAGAUAUUGUCUUAAAUCCCAGAAACCAAUCCUGCCUAAAAGUCAAUUGUAUUAACUCUUAAAAACGCUGCCGAUCUACAUUACACUGCAUUAAAACCGGAAGCCCCGAUGCGGAGAGGCACGAUAGAAAAGCAAUAAUUCUUUGAAGAGAAAAGACAGAAGUGAUCUCGGAAUCAGGGUGUCUUACCAGAUUUUAGUUUGGAUUCCACUUCCGUAGAAAUUCCUUUAGUCGGUUACCGAGCUGCAGAUCUCUUCGGAAGAUCUUUCUUCCACGAGCAAAACCUACAAGCAGCUGUGUAUUUGCCGAGCAUUCUUUGUUUGGCAAAGAAGUAUUAAGGUUUUCGUCUCCCUCCGCUAAUCUCGAUUGCUAAUUAGCAAACGGUAAACGGAAUUUGCUUUUUUUUCCCUGUUGCCAAUUUAUAAGCAGAAAAACGGGGGGUUUCCCUCCCUUCCUCUUUCCCCCCCCACUUUUUGUCCCUUCUGUAAUUUUAGGAUGGCAAACCUAGAAAAUAAUUAGGAAUUUGCUUUCUCACGUCUGCGAACUCUCUGGCGUAGUUCCUCAUUUAAAAACAACAGUCUGAUUUCCAUGCUAAAUAAAUAAGUGGAGAAGGGUUGGCUUUGAAGGAGCUAAAUUGUUUUCCAGUUGUUGGAGGGAGGAUGAGUUUAUUUUACUCCAAGCCGAAUCUCCGAAUAAGAGAUGGGUUUGAGAUAAGCAGUCACAUAAAUGAGAUUUUUUUUCCUUUUCUUAAGCAGCUCAAUUCUAUGACGGCAUCUUUGAAUGUACCUCCCUCAGCUACGUUAAUGGCUGUGGAAGAUUGCCGUUGUAGUCUUUAACACUAUUGGAGGACCUCCAGUUGAGGAGAUAAGAGUUCCUGCACCCAUGAUGCACUCCACGUCUUUGUUUUUUUCCUAAAAAAGAAUGCAAAUAUUUUAUGAGGUUGUAGGAUAGCCACAACUCAGGCAACGUUCGGUGUGUGGACUUCAACUCCCAGAAUUCCUGGGCUGUGAGGGUGACUCUGGGAGUUGAAGCCCACCCAUCUGGACUUCCUCCAGGUUGAAAAAGGUUGCUUUAAGGAGAGGAAAGGGGCGUCUUUAAAGAAAAAAUAUACUAUUGGUUCAAGAGGGCAUUAUGUUUGUCAAUUCAGGGAAGCCAUUCCUUCCUACUGUAUCAAUCAAGUUCGUUAAUUCUUUUUUUAAAAAGGGAUAGGUUCAAAGGUGGGCAUCACAUACCGUAACAACCAGUUUUGCCCAGCACUGGAAAUGUGAGCGGGCACGCAUGCGUGCAGCAUCACUAAACACGGGAAUUUGCUCACACAUGCGGCCCGGCACAUGUAUCCAGUGUCAAACAACACAGUGAUGUAGAAUGGGAUUUGCGCCUGGGCACCUGCAGGUCACUACGACCGGUUUGCCCGAACCGGCAGCAGCCCACUACUGGAUAAGUUGGAGCAAAAUUAGAUGGAAGGUUUUCUAGUAAACAUUCAUUAGGGGAUUUGCAACGUGUUGGCUUCCGAGCAAAAAUUUCAGAAUUCAGGGAUCUCUAAAUCUCCCCUAUUUGUGUAGGGGGGGAGAAAGGUGACUUUCCCAGGGCUUGCAAAAUAAUUAAUUAAAAUAAGUAAAAUUUUAAAAAUAGGUAGGGAGGAGGAGCCGAUGGCGUGGGACUACAGAUCCCCAAAGUAUCUUACGUAUCGGCGCUUUCUUCCUGGAACACAAAUUUUUCCUGGGAUUGUGCGGUGACAAUGCAAAACCAAGGAAGGCUCAGCUUCUUGGCAGAGCUGCGGGAGAUUGUAGGACACACAACAAACUCCAAAGCCCGUUUUUUCCCCCUCCUUUUUUUACCUUUGAAUUUGAAGCAACACGUAGCUUUGUACGUUCUCGGUUUGCUACCUUUUUUUUAAAACAGGAGCGCGGUCGAUCCUUCUCUGGCUUACCGACCGUUUUUGCCGGCGUCACUAAACGAAAAUGAACGCUGACCACCUUUAUCAUUCGGAGUUUUCUUGCUCGUCCGGUCCAACAACCCAAACUUUGGACGUACGCGGGGUGCGUUUUGCACGCCGCGCACACUCAAGCUGUGAACGAUGAGAAUCUGCUUGGUACCAUUCUAGCCCAUCGUUCGCACAAGUGGUUUGGCUUAAAGAUCCAUGAUGUCAAAAAUCUAGAGCAACGUUUCUCCGUUUUGAAAAUGUAUGGAAUUUCCCCCAUGCCGGCGGGAUAAUUCUGGGAGUUGAAGUCCCCACAUUUUCAAAUUUGAUAAGCUUUUGAGAAACAUUGAUCGACAGCAGUAGCCUUCCCAGUUAGCCACGAGCAAGAUUGAACGCCGCCGAGCUUAAUUUUUAGCAUUCAAACACUAAUAAUUGGAAGGAAACGGACUCCCGGUUUUGAGGCACUAGAGUUAACGUCACCAAUAAGCACUAAAUUCCAUUUCCCCCCCCUACCAUCGUAGUAAAUGAAAUAGUAUCUAAUUUCAGAUUUCAUUCCUCCGUAAGAGAUGCUAGAAAUGGGGUAAUUUUUUUUUUGAUUUUUUUUUUGGGAGGGGGGCAUGUUUUUGUUAUUUUUAUUUUCGUUUAGGAUAUAAGCUAGAAACGACUCCAGAAAGUUCUUCUUUUCGGAGUCUCUUAGAAGGAAAACAAAAAACUUCAAAAGAAGUUUUUGUUCCUUCCUAAAUAUAUAUUUUUUUUCCUCUCUGCUCUAAACUCCAAAGACAAUCACUCGCAGGGGACAGGAAAGGGAUGGUGGGGUUUUGGAUACGGGGAAAUUUGUAUGAGCGAUAUAACGAUGUCCGAAACAGUAUUAUAUAGUUGUUUACAGAACAUUUAAUAAACCUCUUUAACCCUUUGUCUGCCUCUCUCUCUU